AUGCUUUUCUUACUAAAAAAGCAUUACCAGAUCUCACAAUCAUCACGUCUAACAAAACGAUUCGCACAGAAAAUAUGUUUCGUUUUUAGUGGACAAGGUCCACAAUGGUGGGUUAUGGGUAGACAAUUAUAUGAAAGUGAACCAUUAUUUAAUAAAUGGAUUAGUUUAAUUGAUGGAGAAAUGACAAAAAUUAACAAUGGUGAAUGGAGAUUAUUAGAAGAAUUAAUUAAAAAGAUAAAUAAACAAGAAUCUCGUAUUAAUGAUACAAAUAUUGCUCAACCAACUUUAUUUGCUAUACAAGUUGCAUUAGCAGCUUUACUUGUUUCAUGGAAUAUUUAUCCAUCAUCUAUUAUACCACAUAGUGGUGGUGAUCAAGCAGCUGCUUUUGUUGCUGGUUGUUUAAAUUUAGAAGAAGCUGUUCGUAUGUUAGCUGUUUCAAUGAGCGAAGAAGAAGUAGAAAACAAACUUUCGAAAGGUAUUGAACAUUUGGCUUGUAUUGCUGUUGUUAAUAGUCGUCGUCGAGCAACAAUAAGUGGUGAUGAAAACAUUAUUGACGAAAUACAACAAGUUCUUACCAUAUCUUAUCCAAAUGUAUUCAAAGCACAUCUUUGUAUUGAAAAUGUAUUUCAUUCAUAUCAAAUGAAUCGAUUUGAUAUUGAAAAAGAUAUGUUAUUAUCAUUAAAAAAAAUAUUCGUGGAUAUUCAAUAA